UAAAAUGGAUGAGGGUGCCAUUUGUUUUUCUCAACAAUUAGAAGAUCGUUAUUUUAGAAUAUUAGAUGACGAAACUCCAAUAGUUCACGUUAACGGCUUUAAUAAUUGUGUUGGACAACCUCUUCCAAAAUCUUCUAAUAUUUUUGAGGGUAUUGAAGGCGAUUCUACAGCUGCCGAAAAGUUACCUAAAAAGUCUUAUACAUCAACUGCUCUCAAAAAUGCAAUUUACCGAAAUAAAGUUAGUCAACAUAAAUACAAAGCCCCAAAUAAGACACAAGAAGAACUUUUCAAUGAAGUUUGA